AUGAUUAGAAUGCCGGCGCAAUUGGACGCGACAGGCUUGGACGAGUAUGCGCAAAUACGUGACGGGGCAGAACCUCCUUUGCACAAGCUGGUAAGGCCUGAGAGAGCCUGCAUGCCACCUUCUACAUCGCCUGAGAGGUGUUCCCUCGACACGGCCUUCCUGUCGGGAUUUGGCGGCGAGUCUUCGCCGUCGUGUCUCAAGUCAGCGUCUCAUCGUGCUGCGCCACCUUCUAUGUCGACCGACGAAGACGAUGACUUUAACUGGAACAGCUUUCCAAUUACUGAAAGCCACAAUUAUUUUGCGCCUUGGAUGGACCCAGAGAAGCUCAGCCCUCCGGCAUCCCAGGCGCAUGUGCACCAUACGGCUAAUGCAGCCGCAUCAGGUAGCGCUUCUGUGAAUGCUUCUUCAAGCGGCAUCGGUUGGGGACGGCAGCUUGGAAGUGCAGGGUAUUUCUCUGCCUGGCUGCGUGGCGAGUGCUUGGCCGCUACGGAGGUUGAUCUCUCCUCAACUCAAGGCGCGCUGUUGGAGGCCAAUUCAGCGACAACUGCUGCCUACGUAGCCCCACCACUUCUAGCUGCUACUCAACUGUCCAAUCUGGGUCUUGAUUUAGUCGCUGGCGCCGGCGGUAGGUCGGCGUUCAGCAGCACUUCUCCGCCCUUGCACGAGUCUGUGGAGGUACCGCCCCUCUCAGACCCUACUGCCGCCUCCUCUUGCUCCGGCAGCAGCAUUCCUAGUCCCCUGGGCUCGGAUUGCCGCGGAGCGGCGGACGAGUGCGGCGGCUACGAAAGCGGUCGCAGCAGCAGCAUGAGCCUGUUUUCCUGGGAUGCACAAAGCAGCGGUAGCGGUGGCAGUGACCCAGAUGCAGAGGCGGCGGGCUGGGCAACCUCACCGGACGCUGCCGCCGCACCGCGCGGCAGCGUAGAAGCCUGGCGAGUUCUCCCCCGUGGCGGGCGGGGGCGCACAUCGGGGGUAUGUGAUUGCGUAAAGUUGCGGAUUGUGGAGUGCGAUGUCUGGGAGCGUGAGGUGGAGGCCAAGUUACUGUGCUUAGAGUCUCGUCACACAAGCGUGCCGGCGCCUGCUGGAGCGGCUGAGACGCAGAUGGAGGCGCAGCUUAAUAGCUUGGUGUGCUUGGUGGUGACCGAAGCGUUGUUUGACUGA